AUGGCUAUCAGGCAGAUUGACAUCACGACCUACCCAGGCAACAUAAUCAACAACACCUUCGUUCCGACGCCCACCACCCGCCACUCCCUCACCUCUGCGCCGUCCCCGUGGCCACCCCCGGCCGACGUCGCCCUCGCCGCCGCCGCCGCCCACACCACGUUCGCAACAUGGUCCCUGACCUCCUUCGCUGAGCGCGCCGCCCUUCUCCGCGCUUACGCCCCCGCCAUCGAGGCCCAACUCCCGCAACUCACGAAUCUGCUCACGUUGGAGCAGGGCAAGCCGCUCGCCUUGGUGCAGAUGGAGUGCGCGAAGGCGCUCGCGUGGCUGCGGGCGUUUGUAGGCAUAGAGGUGCGGGACGAGAGCACCCACCCGCACGUCGACAAGGUCGGCUUCACCGGGUCGAUCGCCACGGCUGAACUCGUCGCCGCGGCGUGCGCGGAGACGCUGAAGCGCGUGACGCUUGAGCUCGGCGGCAACGAUCCGGUCAUUAUCUGCGAAGAUGUGGAUAUCGAGGCGGUGGUGCCGCGGCUGGCAACGCUGGCGUUUUUGAACAGCGGGCAGAUUUGUAUGCUGGUCAAGCGGUUUUAUGUGCAUGAGAGCGUUUAUGAGGCGUUUAGGGAUGCGAUGGUAGAGAGGACAAGAUUCGAGAAAGUCGAAGCCCUCUACGCAGAUUGUGAGAAUGAGUCCCAAACCUUUGCCCUCGCCGGCGGCGUCGUUGAAGACGAGAAAGAUUAUUUCAUCACGCUCGCCAUUAUCGACAACUCCCCCGACGAUUCGUGGAUUGUGAUUGAGGAGCCCUUCGGCCCUAUCGUGCCACUCCUAAAAUGGUCGGAUGAGGCGGAUGUGCUGGUGCGCGCAAAUAGCGGGAAGGCGGGGUUGGGCGCGAGUGUGUGGAGUAGAGAUGUGAAGAGAGCGGAGAGGAUGGCGCGGAGGCUGAGAGCGGGGAGUGUGUGGGUUAAUUCGCACUUUGAGGUUGCGCCGGAUGUCGAGUAUGGCGGGCAUAAGUGGAGUGGGAUGGGGGUUGAAGGGGUAUAUGGAGCGGGCGAGUUUGUGGGUAUUUAA